AACCAGCACCCCCUCCUUCUCUCUCUCUCCUAAACACAGACAGAGCAGACGCAGACAUGGCGGUAGUGUGAAGCGGUGGAGAUUCCCCCCCUCCUGUACAAUAUCAUGCAUCUCCUACAUCUCUCUGCAAAGUGCUGAAGUGUGGCCUCGUCACUCGGACACAAAGAGAGAGAGAGAGAAUGGCGGACCGCAGCAUUGAUAGUCUGCCUCUUCCUCUCGAGGUGAGGGCGAAGCUGGCCGAGCUGGAUUUGGAAUUAUCCGAAGGAGACAUCACACAAAAAGGCUAUGAAAAGAAGCGAUCCAAGCUGCUUGGAGCUUACCUGCCACAACCUCCAGGAGUGGAGCCUUCACUACCACAAGAGCGUCGAACACCAGUCACACCGUCAUCCUCCUCCAGAUACCACCGUCGCCGGUCAUCAGGGUCACGAGAUGAACGUUACAGAUCAGAUGUACACACAGAGGCAGUUCAAGCUGCUCUUGCCAAACAUAAAGAGAGAAAGAUGGCAGUUCCUAUGCCAUCUAAAAGACGGUCUCUGGUGGUGCAAACCUCAAUGGAUGCCUAUACACCUCCAGGAGUACCAGUAAGCAGCCGAGUCUCUGCAAAGAUCCAGCAGCUUGUAAACACCCUUAAGCGGCCGAAACGCCCUCCGUUACGCGAGUUCUUUGUCGAUGAUUUUGAAGAAUUACUUGAAGUUCAACAGCCAGACCCUAACCAGCCAAGACCGGAGGGAGCACAAAUGCUAGCCAUCCGGGGAGAACAGCUGGGAGUAGUAACAAACUGGCCACCAUCCCUGGAGGCAGCUCUUCAGCGUUGGGGGACCAUUUCUCCAAAGGCACCUUGCUUGACCACCAUGGACACAAAUGGAAAACCACUUUACAUCCUUACAUACGGGAAGCUGUGGACAAGAAGUAUGAAAGUGGCUUACAAUAUCCUACAUAAACUAGGCACCAAACAGGAGCCAAUGGUCAGGCCUGGAGACAGGGUAGCACUUGUUUUUCCAAACAAUGAUCCUGCUGCUUUUAUGGUUGCAUUCUAUGGUUGUCUGUUGGCAGAGGUAGUUCCUGUUCCUAUUGAAGUACCUCUUACGAGGAAGGAGAUAAAGCAACGUUUCCUCCGACUCAAUGUGAGCAACGCCAUGGGAGAUCUGCUAGCUUUAAUAAUAAAAAUGGAUGCUGGAAGCCAACAAAUUGGUUUUCUAUUGGGAAGUUGUGGUGUUACUGUAGCAUUAACUAGCGAUGCUUGUCACAAAGGUUUACCUAAAAGCCCAACGGGGGAGAUUCUACAGUUUAAAGGUUGGCCACGGUUGCUGUGGUUUGUGACAGAAUCUAAGCAUCUAUCUAAGCCACCUCGGGAUUGGUUUCCUCAUAUCAAGGAUGCAAAUAAUGACACUGCAUACAUUGAGUACAAGACGUGUAAAGAUGGCAGCGUGCUCGGUGUGACAGUGACACGAAUUGCACUGUUGACUCAUUGUCAGGCUUUGACUCAGGCCUGUGCAUAUACAGAAGCGGAAACCAUUGUGAAUGUAUUGGAUUUUAAGAAGGAUGUUGGAUUGUGGCAUGGUAUUCUUACGAGCGUUAUGAACAUGAUGCAUGUUAUCAGUAUUCCAUAUUCAUUAAUGAAGGUGAACCCUCUUUCAUGGAUACAAAAAGUCUAUGCAUAUAAGGCUAAAGUGGCAUGUGUGAAGUCCAGGGACAUGCACUGGGCCUUGGUUGCACACAGAGAUCAGCGAGACAUUAAUCUCACCUCACUACGGAUGCUAAUAGUAGCAGAUGGAGCCAAUCCUUGGUCCAUUUCUUCCUGUGACGCGUUCCUUAAUGUCUUCCAAAGCAAAGGAUUGCGUCCUGAAGUAAUCUGUCCUUGUGCCAGUUCUCCGGAAGCUUUGACUGUAGCAAUUCGUAGGCCAACAGAUGAUACCAACCAGCCACCUGGCAGAGGGGUGCUCUCUAUGCACGGCUUGAGUUAUGGGGUGAUAAGAGUGGACUCUGAAGAAAAGCUGUCGGUCCUGACUGUGCAGGAUGUUGGCCUGGUGAUGCCUGGAGGUGUGAUGUGUGUUGUAAGACCAGAAGGAAUUCCAUUACUCUGUAGAACUGAUGAAAUAGGCGAACUUUGUGUGUGCUCCAUUGCUGCAGGUACAUCCUACUAUGGUCUAUCAGGAAUGACGAAGAACACUUUUGAGUUCCUUAAGUGUACUAAUUUAUUUCCAGAUGAUUUGCCAAAGAGGCGGCCGGCCCAAAUUUAUAAGCCCUCCAAUCCUGACACUUUGGCUUACCUUGACUUCAGUGUAUCUACAACAGGAAUGCUGGCAGGAGUGAAGAUGUCUCAUGCAGCAACUAGUGCCUUGUGUCGUUCGAUAAAGCUGCAGUGUGAGCUUUACCCAUCCCGAGAAGUAGCAAUCUGCCUGGACCCCUACUGUGGUCUUGGAUUUGUUCUUUGGUGCCUCUGCAGUGUCUACUCAGGGCACCAGUCAAUCCUCAUCCCUCCUUCAGAACUGGAGAUAAAUCCCUCACUCUGGCUCCUGGCUGUCAGUCAGUACAAAGUUCGAGACACCUUCUGCUCGUACUCCGUUAUGGAACUCUGCACAAAGGGGCUCGGCUCGCAAACUGAAUCACUGAAGACGAGGGGAUUGGAUCUAUCUCGUGUACGAACCUGUGUUGUUGUUGCAGAAGAGCGGCCAAGAAUAGCUCUCACCCAGUCUUUUUCUAAGUUAUUUAAGGACCUGAAUCUUAACCCAAGAGCAGUUAGUACAUCAUUUGGCUGCAGAGUGAAUCUUGCUAUUUGCCUUCAGGGAACGUCAGGACCAGAUCCCACAACUGUUUAUGUGGAUAUGAGAGCACUAAGGCAUGACAGGGUCCGUUUAGUGGAAAGAGGAUCUCCACACAGUCUACCACUAAUGGAGUCUGGCAAAAUCCUACCUGGAGUGAGGAUAAUCAUUGCCAAUCCUGAAACAAAAGGACCACUAGGUGACUCACACCUUGGAGAGAUAUGGGUUCACAGUGCUCAUAAUGCUAGUGGAUAUUUCACCAUUUAUGGAGAUGAAUCGCUUCAAUCUGACCACUUUAACUCACGUCUGAGUUUUGGAGACACGCAAACUGUAUGGGCACGCACAGGUUACUUGGGAUUUCUUAGACGAACUGAUCUUACUGAUGCAAAUGGAGAGCGACAUGAUGCACUGUAUGUUGUGGGUGCCUUGGAUGAAGCAAUGGAGUUACGGGGAAUGAGAUAUCACCCCAUUGAUAUUGAAACAUCUGUGAUUCGUUCCCACAAGAGCAUCACUGAGUGUGCGGUGUUUACCUGGACAAAUCUUUUGGUGGUGGUGGUUGAGUUGGAUGGAUCAGAACAAGAGGCUUUGGACCUUGUUCCUUUGGUCACUAACGUGGUUCUGGAGGAACAUUACCUAAUCGUAGGAGUAGUGGUUGUGGUUGAUGUUGGAGUCAUCCCUAUCAACUCUCGCGGAGAAAAACAACGUAUGCAUUUAAGGGAUGGAUUUUUGGCCGACCAACUAGAUCCUAUCUAUGUGGCCUACAACAUGUAGCCUCCUGUUCUAAGGCUUCUGUUAACAAUAUGUGUGUACAUAUGUAAAAAGAACUCUUGGUGUUCACCACAAAGUGUGCAGAAACCAAUAGACAGUACUUGCUCCACACAGGGACUUUCUGCACUUGCAAGCACUCUUGACUCGCCACAAAGAUGUGAAACUAUUUCUUUGUACCACAAACGUUUAACAGGCAAAGACAAUGAUAAGUACACAACCCUUUGAAAGUCAAAAGCCCCAUUAUGGAGCCUAUUUCUUGCUUGUUGGUUGAUUAACUGCUUUUGAAGUAAGUGUACUAUCUGCGCUCUGUAUUUUUAAGUUAUAUCAGCUGAAGUUGCUUACGUUUUUUAAUCUGCCCUCUAAGGGGGUGCUUUUUAUGUAUUCACAUACUGUGGCAAAAGCAAGUAUUUUAGAUUGUUGAUUCUUGAGAUUUGGUCAAAAAUUGUCAAAAAGUUGUAAACAAGGAACCUUCUAUCUAGAAAUGAUUGGCUUAGGACAUUCUGUCUCCUUUUUUUUCUUAUGUCUAGUAUUAGGAGGUACAAGAGUAAUGUCCACCCUGUCAACACCUUCUGCACCGACAUCAUGAGUUCCCUCUCAAAGCAGGGCUUGAAAACCCAGAAAUGCAGUCAGGAGAGGUAUCUGCUACCAAACAAUGUGGGUGUCAAUUGUUAGUGCAGCUAGGGAUGGGGACUCAAUUAUGUUUUCGCUUGUGUGAUGAUAUCAUUGUACUACAAACGGGAGGAAAAGAAAUACUGAGUGACUUCAUAUCAUGUAAUUAUGUACAAAACAGUUUUAAUUUAUUUUGUUCUCUUUAGAAGUAUAUUAACAGAAAGACAUUUGCGAGUGUUUUCCUCUUUUAAGUGUUUGCUAAUAAGAAGCAAAGUGUUGCGUUAUUUUAUGUGGAUAGCUUCACAUCAGCACACUAUAUUCGAGGUAACUCAUCAAAUCUAUGGUUUUACCAAUGGAAGAGAUGUUGAAAAUCCAGUAAUUCUUACUUGCAUGGUGUCCCAGUUUUGAAAUGAACAAUGGUCAUGUUAUUCACCCAGCCCUCCUCAGAGGUGUAGUAUUUCAGUGUGUGAAAUGACCCGCAAGCAACUUCCAUCAGAAGAUUCCAGCUUGGGGAAAAACAAAAGUCAAUGGACAUCUUCAUGCUUGUGAAUUAACUGAGUUUUAAAAGUGCACUAAAAAAAAAUUGAAAAAAAAUCAAUAAAAAAAUUGUAUUGUGCCAGAUUGCCUGGUGUUCAUUGAUAAUUUUGUGUUGGCAUGUGCACACUUACACUGUUAGACUCUCCGCAUGUGGCAGGUUAAACAGAGUAGAUUGUGUGUUUUCUAAGAUGUGUGCAUGCUUAAUGCUCCAGUGUGACUUCAGAUUAUGAACUGACAGCUAUUACUGAUCGUUUCAAACUUUUUACUGCUGCUAAUUGUGUUUAUAGUAAAGCUUUUUCUUAACUUGUAAUGGGUUUGUAAGAAUUGAAAACGAAACGUAAAACAUCUAGCUGCAAAAGAGCCGUUAUGCCAGUAAACACACUUCGAAAUAUUGCGUUAAGGUGUAGGAUGUAAGAAACUAAUGUACAAGAAUAAGUGUUAAUUUUUACAGUUAAAAUUUUUGCAAUGAUAUAUUUUACAUUAAAAUGUCAAGUUUUUAAAUUUUUUUCUGAUAGGGUGCAGUGUACUCAGAAAAUUGGUGACUAACAGCUUUUCCUCCACAUUUAUUACAGUCCCAUUCCCCAUCGCUGUGUAGGCUGUUUGUCAUUUUUCGAUACCACCUUCCAUCUACUUCUAGUUGAGAGGCUAAAAGACUGUGGCUUGCAGUUCAUUUCUCUCUGCCUUUGGUAAUAUUGCUUUGCAGUUGACUGGUGGGAGAUUUAAGAGACUGAUCAACGACAUUUCACUUUUUCUGUUCUCCUGAGCUGAAAAACAUUCAAUAUGAUAUGAUACCACCACAGCAGCAUCGUUGAAGACCAACAGGUCACUCGUCAAAUUAGAAUGAUGGGCAACUGUUGAGCUGUCUAGUCAGGUUUGAAACCCUCCGCAUUGGGCUGCCUUAAUGAAUGAGUGAGCUCUUGGAUGUUGACUACCUUCCAGUGUAUGCAUAUGGUGUUCACCAUGAAUGAGGAAGUAGACGGUUUAGCAGUGGUAAUAAUGCUGCUUUUCUUUUUCUGAAACCUAAAUCCAUGCUCUUAACGUAGCACGUUACCUCCUAAGGUUUAUAUAAUAUUUUCAAAGCCAGGUAUGUUGUGUCCUCUGCUGCCUGCCAUUUGUAAAGAGAGUCUAACAUUUACUAUUUGUAGUAAAGUAGGUUUCUUGUUUCGUUGUGGGAGUGGAAGAAGCAACCGUCCAGAGUCCAACUAGACUCAGCAAUAAAGAAGGCUCGUCCUUUAUUAGAAAACUUACUAUAGAUAAACCAUGCAUUAGAAUGUAUAGAAACAGUUUGUCUUGUGACCUAGUGCUUUGAAGUAAAACAAAACCGUGUAAUCCAACUUGAUGCACAUGCACAAAAAGGAAGGUACAUGAAGAUCAUAUAACGUCAAAACAAAUCAAAAACAGGAUCAGAUUCCUCAUGGUGCUUGUUAUUAUUAUUAAUCCUGCUUGACACUUUACCCAAGGGAAGACUGUCCCUUUAUCAGUUGAAUGUUAGCAACAUUGAGUCGCAUAGUUUGCUGAAUGGUAAGAGAAUUUCAUGUACUCAACCAAUCACAAUGGAUUUUACUGUGCAAAGGACAGCAAUCUUUCUUGUAUGUUAAACCACCAGUUCGCUUUGUACAUGUGAUAACGCCUGUUUUAUAUUCAAAUGAACAAAUAAAAGCUUUUAUUUUUGUUGCUCUGAAAA